GAUGUGUAUUCUCUGUAGCGGAGUUGGCCGAUCGAGGCGAACGAAACGAGCAAAAGUGCAAGAAGGCUGGUUUUUCUUGCGUACACCAGGUGGUGGAGGGAGAGACGUCGAAGAGCCGUGAAGUGGGAUAACAGCCGAUCGCCUAUUCAAAAUGAAAACGAGUUCGAACGGAACGACACUCGACAUGAUCCAAUAGCGAUUGAAGAGAUGCGCGACGUGGACAGAGAAGAAGCAUGC